AUGUCUGUUUUGAUCAAUGCGACCGAUACAGUAUUUGAUUCCGACUUAUCAGUACUACAACAGAUCAACCUAAAACUUCAAGCAUGUUUUGCGUAUUUUUCAAUAUUUGAUAAUUUCAUCAUAUUACUUACGUUAGUGUGUAUCAAGCAUUUCCAUAGCAAACGAUAUGUAUUUCUGAUGAGUUUGUCGUUAUCCGACUUUAUAACUGGAUUUUUACUGGCGUGGACGACACACAAACCAUCUCAGCUUCUUAUCCAAUGCGCCAAUACUACCUCCAUUAUUGCAACUCUUAGCAUCCUUGGUGCAACUCUUGACCGUACCCUGGCUAUCACACGCCCUCUACAUUAUGAACAAGUAUCAUCUGCAACGUUGAAUAUAAUUGUAAGUGUUAUCAUUUGGGUUUUCUCUGGUCUUCUAGUUUUGGCAAGUCCUGUGAUUAUUCCAUUCGCUAUCAUCGGUUUCAUCGUCAGCCCAGUUUUGAUAUUUUCCAUAGCUAUAGUCAUAACGCUUUUAAAUGUUUCUAUUUUGAAAUCUCUCUCCCAAUCGUCAAGUUUUAUGAGCGAUGAGAGGCGAGAAGAGAAUAAGAGAGUUGUUAAUCUUCUCUUGAUCUUAACGGCCAUAUUUGUAGUUUGCUGGUUACCGCUCUGUAUCACAUUUCCUCAAGCGGUAUUUUCGUCCGAAAGGGAGAUUCAAGCGGUGGACUGUUUAACAAUUGCACAAGGAAUUCCAAUGGUGCUGCUGACUCUUCAAGCAGGUUUAAAUCCUUUGAUAUAUUGGUGGCGCUUACCAAGUUUCCACCAAGGAAUGAAAAAACUUGCGGAAUCGAUUUGGAGAAAUGUUCCGCGAUUUCGGGGUGUACGUGUUGACGACACACCCCGGUAUCCGACGAUUAGUGUCGAAAAUGUGCCACCUCUGGGACAGUAGAACAGGUCGUUAAGAACAAUAAAAAUGUAUUAACUUUUAAGUCAGUUCACACUAAAAUAUUGCAAUUGCUUGGAUUCUGGAGUCUUAAGAUAAACGAUGUUGAACUUAUUGGUCAAUAGACAGGGCCGCCGAGAGAGGCCACGGGGUAUCCUCGCUGCCAUGGCCUAUUGGUUAGGGGUCUGGGGUCGACUAUGGCCCCAGCGGGAUCAAGGGCCAGAUCCCUGGUGCCCCCGCCCCGGAAGCUACGGCCUUUCAAUGGAUUAGAGGAUUAACGUAAUCGAUUAUAGUGUUCCUAAUUUCACCAGGUCAUGAAAAAUAAAUAUAGAAACAUGAAAAUUAAAAGCUAGGCCUAUCCUCUUUUAUUCAAGCGUGCUGAAAAAAUUCAUAACAUAGGUAUCAAAGUUUACAGUUGCGGAUCUAGGAAUUUGAAAUAGAGGGGGCCCAGAGAAGGACUUUCACAGAUGGGCUGUGGUAAGAAAAUGUAUGA